AUUAUAAAGUAUGUUGUAAUAAGAAGAAGAAAAAAAUAUCAACAGCAAAUUUCAUUAUCCGGUGUUUUGAUUUGAAUAAAUUAUGUAUAAUUGAUUUAUUUUUGAAUCAGUUCAAGUUUUUUAACUAUAAGAACGAAAAAAUAUGAAUUUGGAACUAUUAGAAUCAUUUGGACAAAACUAUCCAGAAGAAUUUGAUGGUACUUUAGAUUCCCUCUCAAUUGCUGUUACAUGUCAGUUUAAUAAACGAGGUACUCUUCUGGCUGUUGGAUGCAAUGAUGGACGUAUAGUAAUAUGGGACUUUCUUACUCGAGGAAUAGCAAAAAUAAUCUCCGCACAUGUUCAUCCUGUAUGCAGUAUAAGCUGGUCAAGAGAUGGAUACAAAAUUGCUUCUGCUUCCACUGAUAAUACAGUUUGCAUAUGGGAUAUAUUAUCUGGAGAUUGUGAACAAAAAUACAGGUUUCCUUGUCCCAUUUUAAAAGUUCAGUUUCAACCAAGAAGUUUAGAAAAGCUAUUAGUAUGUCCUAUGAAACAUCCAGCAAUUCUAGUUGAUAUCAAUGGAGAACAUAAAGUUUUGCCAAUUGAUGAAGAUGGAGAUCUGAACAUAGUUGGUUCAUUUGACAGAAGAGGAGAAUAUGUUUACACUGGAAAUGCUAAGGGUAAAAUUUUGGUAUUAAAUUCCAAUACAUUAGAAGUGAAAGCUAGUUUUAGAAUAAUGUUAGGAUCGUCUAGUGCUCCUGCUGUAAGAAGUAUUGAAUUUGCCAGAAGGGGAGACUGUUUUCUAGUAAACACAGCAGAUAGAGUGAUAAGAGUGUAUGACAGUAAAGAAAUUUUAACAUAUGGCAAAGAUGGUGAACCGGAACCGAUUCAAAAAUUACAAGACUUAGUGAAUAAAACCAUGUGGAAAAAAUGUUGUUUUUCUGGAGAUGGAGAAUACAUUUGUGCUGGUUCAACUAGACAACACGCUCUUUAUUUAUGGGAAAAAUCAAUUGGAAAUUUGGUAAAGAUUCUUCAUGGAACAAAAGGAGAAUUACUUUUAGAUGUAGCUUGGCAUCCUGUGAGACCAAUAAUUGCCAGUAUAUCAUCGGGUGUGGUUAGUGUUUGGGCACAGAAUCAAGUAGAAAAUUGGUCGGCAUUUGCUCCAGAUUUCAAAGAAUUGGACGAAAAUGUCGAAUUUGAAGAAAGAGAAAGCGAAUUUGACUUAGCAGAUGAAGAUAAAUCAGUAGCAAGCGGUGGAGAUGAUAAAGAAGAGACUGACUUGGAGAUCGAUGUUUCAACUGUUGAUCCUGUACCAGCUUUUUGUAGCUCUGAUGAAGAAAACGAAAGCUCAGAUUGCUUACAAUUUUUACCAAUAGCACCAGAGAUUGAAGACCCAGAAGACAACUGGACCCCGACAGACAAUACAACAAUGCCUUCUAAUACUGGUAACGGUCCUCCGCCAGCGAAAAAGAAGAAAUAUAAAACGUAUGACAUACAUCUAGAAAAUAUCUCUGACGGAGAAAUGCACCCUUUAUUAAGCAAUAAAUCUAUGGAUAAACUAGGAGGAGGUAAGAAAGGAACAGGAAGACUGAAAAAAUAUUAAAUAUUAAAGAAUCUUUUCUUAAUAAAUAUUAAAUCCUAAAUAAUUUGACUGGAGCUAAAAAUCGACUGUAUAAACUAAUCUCAAAGUUCAUUAAAACCAGAAGUGAUUCAGCUACUUCAAUUUCAUAAAUUUAAAACAAGUUUUAUGUGGUUGCACUUGAAAUAUCAAUACGAAAAAUGAUUUUUGUGUUACUCAAUCAUACAAACCAAACACAACGUUGAAAUGAUCGAAAUCGAACAAUCGUAGAAGAUGUUAUUAUAAUUGUAAUUUUCAUUCAUUGACACAUAUUAGGCAAACGUCUAAAGCACCAGAUACUACGAAACCAAGCCAAAACAUUGUUCAUAAUAUUUAAUUUCAUAAGAGAAGGUUUUGAAACAAAACUUUCAUGGGCACGAUUGACAUACAUACAGCAUUUGACUCCGUACGGCUUCACAGGAUUAUUUGAAUUUAUAAGCCAAGCGACGGGUACUUGUUUUUGCAAAGUUCUAGAGAAUGUAUUUUUUUUUGAAAUAUGUUCAGGGGUGUUAGGUUAGGUCAGCCGCUAUCUUGAAAAACACGUUUUAUCGAAUAUCUCGCGAACCGCGUAUCGCACGACAAUAAUAGUGGAGAUCAUUAUUAUAAAUAAUUAUUUUUGGCAUCCUUUUUAUUUAAAACUUUUUUUUGUAUAACUCAUAGGUUUUUAAUUAUGGCGCUCCAAACUUUUUACAAUAUGGUGUAAGUGUAAUAAGCACAUAUCGACAUAGGGUAGAUUUCGAAGAUAAGGGUAAGUCAAGCUUAACUCUAAAUUUUCAUGCAAAUCGAUGCAGGUUCGUGAAAAUCGGAGUUAAUACCUCAUUUUUACCUUGGUAGCUCAUUAAAAAAUAUAUGUGAGGGAGACAUGCAACACGGUAAUAGGUACGGUAACUGAACUAGAAGAAAAACCUUACUGUACCAUACCAACACAAGAUAUAUCAACAACAUUGAAAACCUCUGUGUCUGGGAAUCACUUAACUAAGCUGUAAGUUCAUCAUUCUGGUCUGUACAAUAUGGUGUAAGGCAAAAAUGUAUUUUGGAAGAAUGACUUCGAAGGAGUUUGUUCCUAUUUUCUAAAUUUCUAUUUACGAAAUUACACAUUUAAUUUUGGAAACGAGUGUCAAGUAAAUUAAAGUUCACAUAACAAUCUCAAGCUAUUUUAUUUCAAAUGUACCUGAAAUAUUUGUAUCAAUUGUAGAAAAUUAUCACAAUAUAUUGAAUAUUCAAGGUAAA